AUGUUGACAUUCGCAAACAGCAACAAAGUACAAACGAUCGGAUGUAAAUUCAGUUUAGUUUCAUUUUAUCAAGCCAAUAACUCAAGAGUGACAACGUUGAAUGGUGUUCGGAGAAGUAAAAUAUUUGCUGUGAUGAUGGAAGAUGAUAAUCCUAGAAUAUCCAAGGAACGAAAUCAAUAA